CAAGCAAGUACUUUAUAAUAUCGUCUACUAGCUGAAUCCAUUCAGUUAGUGUUCGCGUCGCAACAGAAGUGAGUGUUUUUGAGAAAUAAAAGUAUGUUGUUUAGUAGUCGAUUUUAUUGCUUGACUCAACGGUCAACCAUGAUGGGAGUUAUGUUGCGGCCUGGAAAGAUUUACAAACAUCGACGACAUCAGUUAACUUGCACCACCGGACUGUUAACCGUGCAAAACAAUUGUAACACAUUGACAACGAAAGCGAUACAAAAAGACGAUUGGCACCGAAUUGUCAGUGAAGCUGAAAGUGUUGUCGGCUAUCCGACGUCGUUCUUGAGUUUACGUUGGCUGAUGAGCGAUGAGAUUGCGAAUGUUGCUUUAUAUUUACGGAAAUUGAUCGAAAGUAAUCAUCCGCUGGUGAAGACUGCCAAACAUUUGUUAUACAACAAUAACAACCACCUGCAACCAUGGGGUUUGAUUGUGUUGCUUAUAUCAAAAGCAGGCGGACAUACAAUUAAAGUUUCCGAACAUACGGAAAGUGGCGGAGUUCUACACUCACAACGUGUUCUAGCCGAAGUCACCGAAAUGAUUCGCAUAUCAUUUUUGGUCCAUCAAGGUGUGGUCAAUUUACAACCACUGACCCAGGCUGGACAGGAUCUUUCCACAAAGAGUGACAUGUCAUUUGGGAACAAGAUUGCUAUAUUGAGCGGUGAUCAUCUGCUGAGUAGAUCCCUUGCUGAGCUGGCUAGUUUAAGAAAUCAAGAUGUGAAUGAACUUAUUUCUUCGGCUGUGCGCGACUUCACCGAAUCGGAAUUCAUUGGCGAUCGGGACGAACAGAACAAUCCAUUACCAUCGAUACCUUUGCCACACCACGACACCCAUUCGGAUGAUUUGGAAAUGGACGAGUGUGUGACGAGGGAUUUGAUGAAGCCGAUGCGUAUUGACAACUGCAUGGGUAUACCAGAAAAAGAGUGGGCAUUGCGUCACACAUUGAGUGGUGGAAGUUUACUUGCACGAAGUUGUCAGGCUGCACUCAAAUUAUCUGGCCAAUCGGAAACAUAUCAAAAGAACGGCUAUUUGUUUGGCAAACAUUUGGUGUUGGCAUGGCAGGCGUUUUUGGAACUAGAACCAUUUAAAAAUGAUACACUGAACACGUCAUUCAGUUUGGUAUCGGCUCCGGUUCUAUUCCACUUGGACUACGAUCCGACAUUAUAUAAGGAAAUACAAAAGGGUAGCCGUUCAAUUGAGGAUAUUGAUUACGAUAAAGUUCAUAAUGCAGUAAUCAAAGGACCGGGCCCGACAGCAACAGCAAAUUUACAACGGAAACACAGUACAGCCGCAAUGGAUCUGCUGAAUCAAUUUCCACCAUCAGACGCACGAACUGCCCUGCAGAACAUUAUUUCUGCGUUGCAAGAUCUGCGACGUUGAAUAGCUUUGAAAUUCGACGUUCUAGACUUCGAUUUCAAUAGAGGACUGUGAUAAAUAUAGUUCACAUUUAGUUUUAGUUUAGUGAUUUUGCAAUUAUUAUUUUCAAACGAACAUCUAGGAGACUUUGUUUCAAUGAAGAACCUGUUGCUGUUCCCGCAACAUUGAGUGGGGAAUUCAAAAUGGUUCCUGGGG